AUGAAGGCGGGCCGCUCACCAUUAGUGCGGUUCCUGCUGCUUUUGAGCUUGGGCGUGAGCAUGGCAGCCGCCUACCCAUUCAGACCACCGCCGGACCUUGACGUAACACCGCGCGUCACCAUCUUCAGCAGUAGUGUGCAUAGCCGCAAGCGUUUCGCUUCCCCUCCCGCCGUCAAUUACAGCACUUUGUCUCUGGAGGCCGACGGCCGCCGUCUCUUCAUCGGUGCCCGUGAGGCCGCGUUCUCUUUGGAUGCCUCGGACAUUGAGGCCGUCCCGGCCCUCACCAUUGUGUGGGAGGCUUCCCCCGAGCAAAAGCAGCAAUGUCUUCUCAAGGGAAAAGACAACAAGACCGAGUGUUUCAAUCACAUCCGCUUCCUGCAAAGGUUCAACGCCACGCACCUCUACAUGUGCGGGACUUACGCCUUCAGGCCUUUGUGCGCUUACAUAGACACUGAGAAUUUUUUGAUGUCUCGGCCUGAGGAAGGUCGAGACAAAUGUCCUUAUGGCCCAACGACAGGAUACACCGGCCUCAUCGUUGACCAGGAACUGUUUACGGCUUCCCAGUACGAGUUUCGAAGAUUCCCGGACAUCCGUCGCAACUCUCCGACACUCAAGACAGAGGACGCGCCAACACGGUGGCUCAACGAGGCCAACUUUGUGGGCUCAGCGCUGGUGAGGGAGAGCCGCAGCACACUGGGCGAUGACGACAAGAUCUACUUCUUCUUCAAUGAAGGCGUAGGCCAGCAGCAGAGCGCCGCCUCUGGCGCCCACAGCCGGGUGGCGCGAGUUGCUCGAAUCUGCAAGGGCGACCGAGGAGGCCUCCUGACGCUACAAAAGCGCUGGACAUCAUUCCUCAAGGUGCGGCUGGCGUGCUCCCUGCCUGAGUAUGACUUCUACUUCAAUGAACUGCGCAGCAUCUUCGUCAUGCCAGGAGAUGCGACGCGAGACACACUCUUCUAUGCCAUCUUUGGCCUGGGUUGGAAGAGCGUAAAGGCGUCUGCGUUGUGUCGCUUCUCGUUGUCUGACAUCCAAGACGCCUUUGGAGGACCUUACAUGGAGACGCAAGACUCUGGCUCUAACUGGAAAGAGUACACUGGAAAAAUUCCUGAGCCAAGACCUGGAACGUGCAUGACAGAUGCCACGAGAGCGCGGGGCAUCAACGUGUCCACCUCACUGCCCGACGAUGUGCUCAACUUUGUCCGAAGGCACCCGCUAAUGUCCCGGCAGGUCCAGGCUUUGGACCGUCACCCUCUGUUGUUCAGAAGGACCACAGAUUACACGCACAUGGCUGUGAUAGCUGUCCUAGGCUUGGAUGGACUACAAUAUCAUGUGUUAUACAUGGGAACAGAUGAAGGCUGGCUGCACAAGGCGGUCCUCGUGGAGACUCAGCUGCACAUCAUUGAGGAGUUGCAGCUAUUUGAAGAAGCGCAGCCUGUGGACAACGUGCUCAUUUCUGUCCAACAGAUGAGCGUGUACGUGGGGUCUCCUUCGGGCGUGCUGCAGCUGCCGCUGUCCGACUGCGGCAGGUACGCGUCCUGCUACGACUGCAUCUUGGCUAGGGACCCGCACUGCGCUUGGAGCAGAGAAGGCUGCGUGGAUGUCACGCACUACACGGACAAAACAUCAUUAAUCCAGGACAUCCAACAAGGCAACAGAGGAUGUGACAACACGCAAGACGUGGUGCCCACGCGCAGUCGAUCCGUUCGAGUAGGCGACGAUAUCCUGCUGCAGUGCGAGCUUAGCUCCAACCUGGCAGUGCCUGCAUGGACGCUGGAUGACCGGGAGCUGCACGGUUACGGGCUGAGCUCUGGUUUCAGGACAGGCACCGACGGGCUGCUGGUGAUCAGGGCACGUCUGGACCAGAGCGGGCGUUACACCUGCUACGCAGUGGAGAACCAGAUUUGGGUUGGCGUGGUCGCGUACAAUGUCACCGUGGCCCCUGAGCCGCCCCCGCCGCCCACUGAAGAACCUCACCACCGCUAUGCUGCCGCGGUGCCACCCGCUCCCUCUGAGGAGGCCCCGGCCCUUGCCCCUCAGAGGCCCCGACCGCAGCUUCUCUCCACCAAAAACAUGGAGGCCCUGUAUCUAUCCCUCAUUACAAUUUUGGGAAGCCUCUGCGUGGUUCUCAGUGUGGUUCUGUUCUAUCUUGGCUUUUGCUUGCGAGUGGGAAACCAAGGAAAGUACUCGCUACGCAAUGCGGCCGCCACCUACCCACCCGAGAAGCAAAAUCACCGAAAAAAGCAACGACAUUCCGCACACUUGGAGCUGAAGACUAUUUCCGGUAACGGACACAGCAUCUGCAACGGCGUCCACUCUGCAGGGUUCCUCCAGAUCGUGCCAGGCGAGGCUCGCACUUCGCCUAACGCGGAGUCCGCCGCCCCUCCGCCGGCACCACCGCUGCCCGCCGCGCCGGACUGCAAUUUCCCCAGCGGGCUUUCGGCCACAUUACCCAGCGUCCUGCGGCGCAUGAAUGGCAACAGUUACGUGUUACUCGCUCAGAGCGACGGUGACAGCGUGGCGCCGUCGUUCUCCGAUGAGCUCAACAGGAUGUUGGAGAAGCGCAAACGCACUCAGUUGAUGCCCAGGCCAGACGAAAGCUCCGUGUAG